ACUACCAACAACCCGCGUGCGGCCCCGACCACAGUCUCGGUCUACCUGCCAGACUAUCACGAAUGGACUGCCCUCCGCGGCAGCAUCCUGAGCACCGACCAAUCCGUGACGGCGUAUACAAUCUUCUGCGCAGACCAGGCCCCGACGUGUGAGGUGGCCGGCGACAUCCCCUUCAUCAUCUCCGAGGGUCCCACGACGCUGCAUUAUGGCGGUUCCGCUGCAGGUAUCAUAACCGCCGAUCUACGUUGCGACCUCGCCGGGACGACCGAGGCCAUCUGCACAGGCUCGUCGUCGCUAGGACCCAACUACCGCCAGGGCACGCUCACUGGGCCGACGCAGACGGUGUGGACGAGGAGGUUUAGCGGCACCGACGUGAGCUGGGGCGUGCUCACUCUGGCGACACCCGUCCCAGGGGCCGGCACGACGGACAUCGACGGCACGGUCGCGGCGUCAAAGGGAAGCGCUCCGCCGACGGCAACUUCUGGCGCG